AUGCUCUCGGCGCGCGGCGCGGGCCGGAAGUGCGGGGGCGGGGGGGGGGGGCCCGGGGCCUCCUCAGGAGCCGCCGCCGCCGCCGCGCCCGGACCCCCCCGGACCCCCCGCACCGGCACCGGCACCGCCGCGCCGCCCCCCCCAGCCCCGGGGGGGCCUCCCGAGCCCGCCGCGGCCCGCCGGGAGCGCUGCCACGGCUUCCUGCAGAGGGAGAGCCCUGCACAGACAGGAGAGGAAAUCCGGGAGCUGGACAUGGUGCCCGAGGCGUUGCUGCACCCUGAGCGCCCCACCUUUAUCGAGCGGUUGGCAGGGAGCUUCACCAAGAGGAAACGAUCCACGCCGCAGAAAUUUGUGGGUGAGAAGCAGAUGCGUUUCGCCCUCUCGGAGCUGCCCUUCGAUGUGAGCCCCGGCUUCGACAAGGACGUGGAGGUGGUUCCGUCCCGCGGCCACGCUCUGGAGCCGCCCUACGCCGGCCCUCUGUCCCUGCUGGGCGCCGGCGACCCCCUGCGCCCGCUCCGCUUGGCCACCAACUGCAUCACCGAGGUCACGCCGGUCAUCAGCUCCGUGUACACGCAGAUCCAAGCGCUGCCCGCCCGCCUCGAGCUGCCGCGGGGCCGCGAUUCCUCCGAGGACGGCGCCGAGGGCAUCCCGGUGAUUUUCCGCAGCCGCUCCAGCGGUGGUGCCGCCGAUAGCGGAGCUUCACCCUCCAACGGCUGCCAGGACUCCACGGACACCGAGAGCAUCCAGGAGGAGCGGGCGGGAGGCGGCAGCAGCCGCCACAGCCCCGCUUAUGCCAAGGAGGAGCCCAAGGAGGAGGCGGAUGGAGCAGCUCGGUGUUACCCCAAGGAGUCCCUGAGGGUGCUCAACGAGGAGGGCGAGCAGCUGCGAGCCUUCUGCUGCGAGCACUGCCGGGUGCUCUUCCUGGACCACGUCAUGUUCACCAUCCACAUGGGCUGCCACGGCUUCAGGGACCCUUUCGAGUGCAACAUCUGCGGCUACCGCAGCCAGGACCGCUACGAGUUCUCCUCGCACAUCGUGCGCGGCGAGCACAAGAUAUGAGGUGGGGAAACUCCCCCUUGCUGCCUCGGAUUUCCUGAUUUUACCCCGAUUUUCACCUCUGAAAUUGUGCUCGGGGUACACGAGAUGUGAGGUGGGAAAACGCCCCCUUUUCCUGCCUCAAAUUUCCUG